AUGUCCCGUCUGAUUUGUCCACUGAGAGCCGGGCGAUGCGGAGCCGGGUUGCGGGCUGAAAUGUUGAACUCUUGCCCAGUUCGCCUUCGAUGCGGGUUGCCUUAUUGCGAUGGUCAGCGGAGAUUGCUCGUGUGGAAUGGGAAAGCCGCCAAAAAAUGUGAAUUCUAUCGCUCGAUAUUCUCGUCGGCAUUCGUCUCGUUCGGCUCUGCAGCGUUUCCUGCUUCGAACCGGGUUUUCGCUGGCGUCUUGCACUGCACGGGACGGCUGAUAGUGAAUCCCUUCCGGGAAAGAGCGACACCGGAUACGACGGAAGAGCUGUCGGACAUGGACGACUUGUUCGACGAUGACAGCGAUGGGUCUGGUGACGACGAAAAGUCUAGACACCCCUCGUCGUCUGGAAUGUCCAGUACGAGCAGCAAGUCUCGCAAGUUCAUGAAACCGCAUCUCGUCUUCAUCGCCGAGCCUCUCGAGAAGUCCGGCGCCUCGGAUUUCUUGUACCAGAAAGGAUCAUUCCACUCCAGGCACUCUUUGAAUAUGAAAUUCACGGACGUUUGCGAAUCGGUAUCGACGAUUUUGGGCUAUUCGAAGGACGACCUCAUCGGCAAAUCCGUUUUCGACUUCCAUCACAUUCUGGACGCUGUUCAUCUGGAGAAAACUUUCAAAACUCGUGAGUACCGUGAUCUCGUUUCCAGGCAGUUUCCGCUGUUGGGUUCGAAACCAGUCGAAAGUGGGGAAUUUCUGCACGUGACGGGAAGUUUGCUCUCGAUUUGCUUUUGA